AUGGAGCGGAUGUCCGACGAGGCGCUGCGGUUAAACCUGCUGAAGCGAGGCCUGGAGUCCCCCAGCGAGCGCGAGGAGGCCCUGGCCAAGCGCCUGAAGAUGGAGGGCCACGAGGCCAUGGAGCGCCUCAAGAUGCUGGCGCUGCUGAAGCGGAAGGACCUGGCCGACCUGGCGGCCCUGGAGGCCCCCGGGGGCCUGGGCGAGGCCAAGGGCCCCGGGGUCAGCAGCCUGCAGCACCACCAGAGCCUGAUGGGCGCCGCCUACGAGGAGAAGCUGAACGGCAGCCUGAGCGAGGCCGACCAUGACAGACAGACUCCCUCUCCAGAUGUCAUCAUCCUGUCCGACAACGAGGCCUCCAGCCCCAGGACGACCCCCCGGCCCGAGGAGCGCAUGCACCAGGCCAACCUGGACAUGUUCAAGAGUGUCUGCACGCACCCCCACUGGGGAGACCUGGCCUUAGUCCUCAUCCUGAAGUGGCUCUUCUCCGUGUUUCCGCGCGUGUCCCAGGGGAAGACGGGGGACGAGAGGCACCAGAUGAUAAAGGCUCUGAGGGAGGAGCUGCGCCUGGAGGAGGCGCGCCUGGUGCUGCUGAAGAAGCUCCGGCAGAGCCAGAUGCAGAAGGAGAACGUGGUGCAGAAGGUUCCCGUGGUGCAGAGCUCCGGGUCCUCUGCCCAGCCUCCCACCAUGCACGGCUCUCCCGGCCUGGGGAAGCUGCCCGUGAGGCCCGGCCUGCACAACCCCGAGUCCCAGAGCCUCCGCAAUGCACAGGGUCACACAGUCAUCCGGUCGGCCAGCGCUAACCUGCCCCCCAUGCUGAUGUCCCAGCGGGUCAUCGCCCCAAACCCCUCCCAGCUGCAGGGCCAGAGGCUCUCCAAGCCCGGGAUGUCUCGCUCCAGCUCCAGCAGCAUGGGCAACGCCGUGGGCUACCAGCAGUAG